UUUAGUUUUAGCAAGUUUCUUGUUUGAAAAUUAGUUUUUCCUCUGAAGUAACAUACGACGUUGUUUGUGCUGUGCAAAUAUUUGAUUGCUCGACAUUUGUAAAGUCUUGUAUUGAUACAAGUUCAAUUACCGUUUUUGGCCCUCAUUGAGGAAAUCAGAUCAAAAGUUGGUAUUUGCUAACUCAAAUAGGAACAAAUGUGGCCCAAAGAUUAGUAGAUCGCUAUAAAAGAGCAUGAUUUACUGGCUUCCAAUCACAACUCGAUUAAGUUUCAAAUCAACUAGAUCAACAAAAAGAUCCUAAAAAAAUUCAAGAUGAAGUUCCUGUUUGUGAUCGCUCUCUUUGCAUUGGCCAUUCAGGUGGCUUAUUCUGCAACUGGGACAACAACAACAACAACAACCACAACAACUGCUGCUAGUACCACAACAACAACCACGGAUGCAACAACCACCACCACGUCCUCGUCCACCCACAAAAAGCGCUGCUGGAAGGGCAACAACUGGUGCCACACCAGGAUUCCCAAGAAGAAGUGCAAGCACCCAAGGAGGUGUCACAAGACCGUCGUCAUUGUAACCCACCGAAAAAACUAAAGAACACAACCUGAUUACCAAUAAAAUUUCGAAAUAAAUACAUAAAUGUGAGCACUAUAAUUUAAUUUUUCAAUUAAUUCAAUAACCGUCGUUAUUGUUACCCACAGGAAAAACUGAGUGCACAUUGAUACUGAUUUAAUAAUUUCAAAAUAAUAAUAUAAUAUAUAAUAAAGUUAAAUGCGAUACAAGAACUGUAAAC